AUCAGUUCACUUUCACCCUCAAUCAAACUCAUAAAUUAAAUAAAACUCACAAAAUUAACAAAAAAAACUAAUAAAUAAUUAUUAACAAAAAAAUAAAGACACCAAACCAUAAAAAUUAAAGCUUAGCUUCAUCUCCCAACUCGCUAACUUCUUCUCUCAAAGUUCUCUCCCCAAAAAAACAAUGAAUUCCAUUCCAAUCCUUCUCUCGCUUCUCCUCUCAGCCAUUCUCAGCCGUUCAUCCCCCGAUCACUUCAUUCUCCACCGUCCGAUCACGACCACCAACACCUCUUCUCCUCAAGAGUACUUCGAUCCCUCCUUCCCUUCCAUCCUCCUCCCCGCCGGCGCCGGCGACGGCGAUCCCUCCUGCUCCCACGCCGUCCUCUCCCACUCCUUCGCCCACUCCUUCGGCUCUCCUCCAAUCUCCGCCCACCUCCCCCCUUGCAACUCCUCCUGGUCCACCGCCAUUCUCGAUCUCACCAUCUCCUCCUCCGGCGAGCAAUACGACCGCAUCGCCGCCAUCUGGAUCAACGGCGCCGAGAUCCUCCGCACAAGCACCGCCGAACCCACCCCUUCCGGCGUCUUCUGGUCCAUCCGCAAAGACAUCACCCGCUACGCCCCUCUCCUCCGUCACCCCACCGGCGCUCUCAUCUCCGUCAUGCUCGAAAACAUCAUCGACGAAACCCUAACCGGCGUCUACAACCUCAACCUCUCCAUCCACUUCUACUCCAACGACACCGACGACUCCGAUCUCCUCUCUCUCUCUUCUCCUCCUCUCCACCACUCACUCUUCAAAGAUCAACCCGACCUAAUCCUCCCCAUCUCCAACGACAACAACAGCUCCGGCUUCUGGUUCCGCAUCGAGAACGAAACCGAUCUCCAUUACAAGACCUUCGUCAUUCCAUCAAACACCUACCGUGCAAUCCUCGAGGUCUUCAUCUCCUCCCAUGGCGACGACGAGUUCUGGUACUCAAAUCCCCCCAAUAUCUACAUCGAUAAAAACAAUCUCACCACAACCCGCGGCAACGGUGCUUUCCGCAACGUCUUCAUCACCAUCGACGACAAGCUCGCCGGCACAAUCAUGCCAUUCCCAGUGAUCUUCACCGGCGGGAUCAACCCUUUAUUCUGGUCCCCUAUCGUCGCCAUUGGCGCAUUUGACUUACCAUCCUACCACCUCGACAUCACUCCAUUCCUCGGCGUCUUGCUCGACGGCGAACCUCACGAGCUCGGCUUCGGCGUCACUAAUGCCACAUCAUUCUGGCUCAUUGACGCCAAUCUCCACCUCUGGCUCGACCCCGUCUCCGACCAAGUAGAAGCCGAGCUCAUCCACCACCAAGCUCCUCCAUUGGCCUUCUCCGCCGACGCUGAAUUCAAAAAACUAAAUGGUACUUUCAAGCUCGGAGCAGAGACCAAGGUCCAUGUCUCCGGCUGGGUGAACUCCUCCCAUGGAAACCUCACCAUUGAUGUGGAACAGAAGAUGAAGUACAAAAGCUUGAUCUUUUUCCGCAACAAUGGUGAUUUCAAAGAGGUUCUAAUGAAGGGGAAGUUAAAGACUGAUGUUAAAAUCAAAGACAAGCUUAAUGUUGUGCUUCAGAGAAAGGCUUUCAAAGCUAAGUAUCCACUUUACUUAGUAACUUAUACUUUGAAGGAUGAGAAUAGUACUAGUUAUACUGUGAAAACUAAUCUUUCUCAUUCUUUCAAUGAGAAGAAGAAUUUGAUUGUUGCCGAUAAUGUUGUGCAUUCUAGCUCUGUUGUUGAUACUCAGAAUGGUUUUGGAUGGAUGAGAGUUGAGGGGCAUUCGGUUUUAGAUGGAAUGGCGAACACCGAACAGAGUUAUCGGUCUCAGGACUCCGGCGGGUGUCGGUUGAGGAAGAUUGGUGCUAAAGAUGGUGAGAUUUUGUAUGAUAAUUCGACGAAUUCUUGUGCUUUUGUUUGGUGAUGUAUGUGUUGCAGGCUUAUGUUCUUAGUUCCAGUGCAGGCGAACUUUUAUGUUAACUAGUUUUAGUGAUUUUGUGUUUCAUAUGUCAGGUGUUUAUAUUAGUCUGAAUUCCUCACAUAAAGUCUAUGUAUGUGACUAAUAUGAACACUAUGCUGAUGUAUCUAAAUUGAUGGAUUUCGCAUCCUUGACUUUUAGGUUCAGUCCUCAUGCAAUUUCAUUUGCAUAAUCUUCAUAUGUUUGUUUUGUUUUAAAUUUCUUGAGA